AUGUCCAAUCACACAAGAGUGACUCACUUCCUCCUCGUGGGCUUCUCAGAUACACCGCAGCUGAGAUUGGUGGUCAUCCCGUUUUUCUUGCUUGUCUACACAUUCAGCCUCCUGGGGAACAUCUCCAUCAUCACAGCUGUGAUGAGAGACAGGAGGCUCCACUCCCCCAUGUACUUCUUCCUGAAGAAUUUGUCUUUCCUGGACAUGUGCUACACUUCAGCCACCAUCCCCAAGGCAGUGGUUAUGUCCUUCACAGGCUCGGGGCUCAUCUCCUAUCUCGACUGUGUAGCACAGCUUUAUAUGUUUUUCACACUUGCCUGCACUGAAUGCUUCCUGCUCACGGCCAUGGCUUAUGACCGGUUCCUGGCCAUCCUCAGACCACUGCUCUAUGGAACCAUCAUGAGCCACAAAUGUCGUGUUGAGCUGGUGGUCACUGCCUGGGUGAGUGGGGCCAUCUACUCUGCCUUCCACACUUUCAACACCUUCUCCCUCCCCUACUGUGGACCCAAUGUUGUUGAACACUUCUUCUGUGACAUCCCUCCAGUCAUGAGGCUGUCCUGCACUGAUUACCACCGCAACGAGGAGGUGGGCUUUCCUGUGAGCAGCUGCAUCAUCAUGAGCGCCUUCGCCCUCACGGUCCUCUCCUAUGUGGGCAUCGUGUCCACAGUUGUCCGCAUCCCCUCAGUGGACGGCAGGUGGAAGGCCUUUUCCACCUGCUCCUCUCACCUGACCACAGUUGUCUUGUUUUAUGGAACUGGAAGCUUUGUGUACCUGAGGCCCGCCUCUUGGUACUCCCCGACCCAGGGUCGCCUGGCGUCUAUUUUCUACUCUGUCCUCACUCCGUCUUUGAAUCCAGUGGUCUAUUGUCUGAGGAACAAAGAUAUGAAGUUUGCUCUGCAGAAACUUUAUUGUGCAGGAAAGUACUGA